AUGGAUCUUACUCAGGGACACUUGACGUUCAGGGAUGUGGCCAUAGAAUUCUCUCAUGAGGAGUGGAAAUGCCUGGACCCUGCUCAGAGGGCUUUGUACAGGGCCGUGAUGUUGGAGAACUACAGGAACCUGGUCUCCCUGGGACUUUCUCUUCUUGACCUGAGUGUUAUCUCCAUGUUGGAACAAGGGAAAGAGCCCUGGACUGUGGAGAGUGAAGUGCAAACAGCAAGAAACCCAGAUCGAGGGGAAUGGACCAAAGGUGUGAACUCAGGAAGGAGCUGUGUGUUGGAAAGCAAUCCAGGAAACAAGCCUAUUAAAAAUCAAGUUGGGUUACACUUUCAGUUCCAUCUGCCCAAAAUGCAGCUAUUUCAGUCUGAAGGGAAAAUCUAUGAAUGUAAUCAAGUUGAGGAGUCUGUCAACCAUAUUUCCUUAUUUUCACCUCUACAAAGCAUUCCUUUUAAUAUCAAAACCCACAUAUUUAAUAAAUAUAGGAAUGGUUUUGUUGAUUCUCCAUUACUUACACAAGAACAGAAAGCACACAUUAGGGGAAAACGUUGCAGACGUAAUGAGCAUGACAAAGCCUUUAUUGUGUCUUCAAGCCUUAAUAUUGAUCCAGUAAUCCUUACUGGAGAAACACCUUCCAAAUGUAAUGAGUGUGGUAAGGCCUUCAGACGCAAUUCAACCCUUGUAGAACAUCAGAGAAUUCAUAGUGGAGAGAAGCCUUACAAAUGUAAUGAAUGUGGCAAAGCCUUCAGUCGGAAAUCAUACCUUGCAAACCAUAACAGUAUUCACACAGGAGAGAAGCCUUACAAAUGUAAUGAAUGUGGAAGGGCCUUCAGGGUGAAAUCAAAUCUUGCACAACAUUUUAAUAUUCAUACUGGAGAGAAACCUUACAAAUGUAAUCAAUGUGGCAAGGCCUUCAGGCAGAAAUCACACCUUGCAAAACAUCACAGUAUUCAUACUGGAGAGAAACCUUACAAAUGUCAUAAAUGUGGCAAGGCAUUCAGCGUGAAAUCAGCUCUUGCACAACAUUGUAUUAUUCAUACUGGAGAGAAACCUUACAAAUGUAAUGAAUGUGGCAAAGCAUUUCGUGCAUGUUCAAGGUAUACUACUCAUCUCCUAUUCCAUACUGGAGAGAAACCUUACAAAUGUGAUGAAUGUGGCAAGGUCUUCAGUUGCAAUUCAUACCUUACUCAACAUCAGAGUAUUCAUAAUGGAGAGAAACCUUAUAAAGGUAGUAGACGUGGCAAAGCAUUUAGUUUUCGUUCAAGCAUUGAUAUCCAUAAAGUUAUCCAUAAUGCAGAUAAACCUUACAAAUGUAAUGAAUGUGGCAAGGCCUUCAGGCACAAGACAUCCCUUACAGGUCAUCAGAAAAUUCAUACUGGAGAGAAACCUUACAAAUGUAAUGCUUGUGGCAAGGUCUUCAGGCACAAGGUAUCCCUUACAGUUCAUCAGAGAAGUCACACUGGAGAGAAACCUUACGAAUGUAAUGCAUGUGGCAAGGCCUUCAGGCACAAAAUAUCCCUUACAGUUCAUCACAGAAGUCACACUGGAGAGAAACCCUACAAAUGUAAUGUAUGUGGCAAGGUCUUCAAAUAUAGUACAACCCUUGCAUCACAUCAGACUGUUCAUACUGGAGAAAAACCUUACAAAUGUAGAGAAUGUGGCAAGGCCUUCAGGCUGAGGUCAAAUCUCGUACAACAUUGCAAUAUUCAUACUGGAGAGAAACCAUACAAAUGUAAUGAAUGUGGCAAGGUCUUCACAUCUAGUACAAACCUUGCAGCACAUCACAAUAUUCAUACUGGAGAAAAACCUUACAAAUGCAAUGAAUGUGGCAGGGCCUUCAGGCUGAGAUCAAAUCUUGCACAACAUUGCAAUAUUCAUACUGGAGUGAAACCUUACAAAUGUAAUGAAUGUGGUAAGGCCUUCAGGCUGAAAUCACUCCUUGCAAACCAUCACAGUAUUCAUACAGGAGAGAAACCUUACAAAUGUAAUGAAUGUGGCAGGGCAUUCAGGGUGAAAUCACAUCUUGCAAAACAUUGCAGUAUUCAUACUGGAGAGAAACCUUACAAAUGUCAUGAAUGUGGCAAAGCAUUUCGUACACGAUUUAGCCACACUACUCAUCUGCUAAUCCAUACUGGAGAGAAACCUUACAAAUGUAAUGAAUGUGCCCAGGUCUUUAGGUGCAGUUCACAGCUUGCACGACAUCGGAAUAUUCAUAAUAGAGAGAAAUCUUACAAAUGUAGUGGAUGUGGCAAAGCAUUUAAUUUGCGUUCAAGCCUUGAUAUCCAUAAGGUUAUCCAUAAUGGAGAUAAACUUUACAAAUGUAAUGAAUGUGGCAAGACCUUCUGGCACAAGAUAUCCCUUACAGUUCAUCAGAAAAUUCAUACCGGAGAGAAACCUUACAACUGUAAUGUAUGUGGAGAGGCCUUCAGGUAUAAGAUGUGCCUUACAGUUCAUCAGAGAAGUCAUACUGGAGAGAAACCUUACAAAUGUAAUGUGUGUGGUAAGCUUUUUACUUGCAUUCUCAUGAGUCAUCGGAGAAUUCAUUCUGAACAGAGACCUUACAAAUGUAACGAGUGUGGUAAAGCUUUUAAGCAGUUCUCAAACCUAACAAGACAUCAAAGAAUCCAUACUGGAGAGAAACCAUAUAAAUGUAAUAUGUGUGGCAAGGACUUUAAUCAAAAUUCUCACCUUGUAAAUCAUUGGAGAAUUCAUACUGGAGAGAAACUCCACAAAUGUAAUGAAUGUGGUAAGGCUUUCAUCAAAUGUUCAGACCUUUGGCGUCAUGAGAGAAUACAUACUGGAGAGAAACCUUACAAAUGUAAUGAAUGUGGUAAGGGUUUUACCAAAUGCUCACAUCUGUGGGAUCAUGAGAGAAUUCAUACUGGAGAGAAACCAUACAAAUGUAUUGAAUGUGGCAAGGUCUUUAGGCAGUGGUCUACCCUCAGGAUUCACCGAAGGAUUCAUACAGGGGAGAAACCUUAUAAAUGUAAAGAAUGUGGCAAAGCCUUUAAGCAGUGCUCACACCUUACCAAGCAUCAGAAUGUACACCCUGGAGAGAAACCAUGCAGGUGUAAUGUGUGUGGCAAGGCUUUUAUUCACAUCACAAGCCUUAUGAAACAUCAGAGAAUUCAUACUGGAGAAAAACCACACAAAUGUAGUGAAUGUGAUAAGGGUUUUAUCCGAAGUUCAAGUCUUGUGGAACAUCAGAGAAUCCAUACUGGUGAGAAACCUCAUAAAUGUAACGAGUGUGGCAAAGCCUUUACUGUGCGUUCAAGCCUAACUAAACAUAAGAGAAACCAUACUGGAGAGAAACCUUAUAAAUGUAAUGAGUGUGGUAAAGCCUUUGCACAACUUGUACAUCUUACUAGACACCAGAAAACACAUACUGAAAAGAAACCUUACAAAUGUAAUGAAUGUGGCAAAUCCUUUAACUGGUGUUCGCGCCUUACUCGACAUCAGCGAAUCCAUACUGGAGAGAAACCAUAUAAAUGUAAUGUAUGUGGCAAGGCCUUUAGCCAAAAUUCAAAUCUUACAAUUCAUCAGAGAAUUCAUACUGGAGAGAAACCUUACAAAUGUAAUGAAUGUGAUGGGCUGCCCACUUCAUGCUAUAGUAGUAUUGGUUCCAGAAGUUCAAGAAUCCAUAAUGGAGAGAAACCAUAUAAAUGUAAUGUAUGUGGCAAGGCCUUUAGCCAAAAUUCAAAUCUUACAAUUCAUCAGAGAAUUCAUACUGGAAAGAAACCUUACAAAUGUAAUGAAUGUGGCAAAGCCUUUAAACAAUAUUCAAGCCUCACUAGACACCAGAAUAUACAUCCUGGAGAGAAACCACACAAAUGUAAUGAUUGUGGUAAGGCUUUUACCAAACGUUCACACCUUUGGGGUCAUGAGAGAAUUCAUAUUGGAGGGAAACCAUACCAAUGUACAGAAUGUGGGAAGGUCUUUAGGCAGUGGUCUGAUUUCAGGAUUCACCAAAGAAUUCAUACUGGAGAGAAAACUUAG